AUGAGUCUUGAAUUACAAACGAAUGUAAAUGAUGUACUCAACGAAGAUCAAUUAAUGCUGGAUUCAAAACCAAAAAAACAUGUGCCUGCUCAAUGGGCUCGAACAACAUGCUUUAUAUUGAUUGUGGUCAUGAAUUUGAGUGCCUGGAUUGAUUUGGAAGGUUUAAUAGGUGAGAUACCUCUUAUUGUUGUUCAAGCACCAGAAGGAUGGGCAUUACCAUCUGCGGCAUCUUUAUGCCUCAGCAUGGCAAAUAUUGCACCUGCUAUUAUCGUAUUGCUCCGCUGGCGCCAAGGAAGCCGGUUCUCAGAGAUUCCCUAUAUUUACCUGAUUAUCGUUGUUGGCUUGCUAUCAUGUUGUGUACUAGCUUUUACUUGGCAACGAACGAUCUUCUUAUUUGGAAGUGAACGGAGUGUAUGGUUUUUUUGUUGCUUUUUUACUCUAUCAAUGCUCGACUGUUCAUCUUCUUUGGUCUUCUUCGAUUAUAUGAAGCGAUUCCGAGACCACUAUUUGACAGCUGUUUUUCUCGGCGAAGGACUCACGGGAAUUAUUCCUACGUUUCUAUUACUCGCUCAAGGUGUAGGUGGUGAGGCAACCUGUGUUUUAACUACCAACGGUACUUCUCUGGAACCUAUCUAUAGUGAACCACGGUUUAGUGUUAAAAUUUAUAUCUUGCUUCUUGGAUGUGUUAUCGCGGCAUCCCUAAUCGCCUUCAUCCUACUCAGAUGGACAAACAUAAUCGCAUUGGCUGAUGCUGUUCAAUCAGUAAUUUAUCAAGCAGAAGAACUUACAACUGGCACCGAUCCUAACGAGAAUUCCUUAAUGACUUCUGUAAUUGAAUCGCCUGAAUCGAAAUCUCGCCCACAAAUGACUCGUAGAGUAUUCAUUUUUCUAUUAUUGAUCAACAUUAUUAAUUCAACGAUGUUAUUUGGAUGCUUGCCGUCGCUGAGCACAUACGCUUUAUUACCAUAUGGUCAAAAAGCCUUUUACUAUUCGAGUCUUUUUACUCCAGCAGCAUACUCAGUUGCAUUAUUGAUUAAUUUGCGUUGGGAAACCAUAACACUACGUGCAACAGUCAUAGGAUCAGCGAUUGGACUAAUGCUUUGUAUUUUUAUCAUAAUAAUUGCAACACAAAGCCCAUGUCCUUGGUGGAGUGAUACGACACAUGGAGCUAUAAUAAUUGCUAUUUCUUGGUUUCUAGCAACACUGAUUAUUGCUUUUCUGCGAAUCACUAUUGGUCAUCGAAUUAAAUUAGAAUGGAAAGACGAUCAGGGAAUGUUUUAUUUUGGCGCAAGUAUUCAACUUGGUUUACUAUUAGGUGCAAUUCCGAUGUAUUUUUUAGUUAAUGUUUUUAAUGUUUUCACCGAUCGCGAGCCAUGUGUUAUAUACUGCCUGACAUAA